AAAAGUAUUUUUUAAAAUAAAUUCACCCCUCGUGUGAUUGUAAAUUUGCCUUGAUAAAUUUUUGAGGUUAAGUUGGUCCACAUUCUGAAGUAAAUUUCGUCAUUCUUGUGGUAAAUCAAAAAUUGAUUUAAAUUUAUUUUGGAGCAGCGAAAAUUUGUUGGAGUUGAUAGCGGCAAUAAUUUUUCAUAAAUUAUUUUUUCAAAAAUAAUAAAAAAUAAAAAAUGACUGAUUUAUUUGGAAAUACCUCCAGUUUUGAUGAACCAAAAACAAAACCGGGAGUUGAUAAUGAACUCAACGAAUUUUUAAUGAUGGAGAAACAAAAAGCGCAACUUACAGCACAGAUCCAUGAAUUCAAUGAUUUCUGCUGGGAAAAAUGCGUCGACAAACCGGGAACCAAGCUCGAUGGUAAAACAGAAACCUGUUUGAAUAAUUGCGUCGACCGAUUUAUUGAUGUCUCGCUGCUGAUUACAACCAGAUUUGCUCAAUUAUUACAAAAGUCUACCAGUGGAAUGUAAAUAUAGUCGGCGAACUAUAUAAAUAUAUCACAAUUUUAAUUCUAUUAAAAAAAUUGACCUAUUAAAUUUAAUAGAUCUUAGGCUAUAGAAUGUAUGCAAAAAAAACCAUUAUGUUAAAUAAAAAAACAAUGAAAAAUUAA